UAUAAAAUGAAGGGAACGAUACACCGAUGAAAUUCAUUCAUCGAAAACGAAACUAAUUGAAGAAGACGUUCAUCGAUCAUGCCAAAUGUACGUUUUAAAUGAAGCAUAUUUAUUUGAUACUGUAUUCGUUGCUGAAUAUGAAUACAUAUUUGAGAACGAUUCGAAUGACAAUGAUAAAAAAGAAAUACAAAAUUUGCAUUAUCCUGCAACUUCAUCAUUCGAACAUUUAACUCGACAAAACAUCAUAUUGUUUUUACGAAUAAACGAAGACAAAUUUAUGACAUUACAAAAAUUAAGUUUAACUGGACAAAAUAUCAAGACUCUUCAGGAUGAUUCUAUAAAAUUACCAAAUUUGAGGGAACUCGAUUUAUCUUAUAAUCGUCUCGAACAAUUUCCAAAUGAUCAAAUGAUCGUUAACGUUAACAAAAUCAACAUAAGUUUCAACGAAAUACGAACAAUUAUAAUAAAGGACAAAUUGUUGGCAUUGGAAGUGCUCGAUAUUUCAUGGAAUUGUUUAACAAAGUGUAACGAAAAUCUUAAAACUUUGAAAAUGUUUAGCCCAAAUUUGAAGACAUUGAAUAUUGAAAAAAAUCAGUUUUCCGAUAUCGUCGAACGCGAUAAAAUCGUUUUAUUAACGCGUGUAUACUUUCCAAAGCUAGAAAAUUAUUUUGACUCAUUAGAUUCGAAAGAUUGUAAAAAUUUGAGCCUAAAAAUGGCUCGCAAUACAUUGUCAGAAUUUUAUGAUCGACAUCCAACAAUUUUUAUUUCACAUCGUCCGAUUCGUCGAGUGCAUUUGAAAAAACCGUCAAUGUAUUUGGUACGAUUGCAUUUGAACGACAAUUGCAUCAGCGAUCUCGAUGGUUUGACACAAGAACACUUGCCAAGAUUGAAGUAUCUCGACUUGACCAACAAUUUGAUAACGUCCUUGAAAUCAUUAGGUUCGUAUAAUACUAUAAUGGAACUUUAUUGUGCUCACAAUAUGAUUAGAGAAUUAAAAGAUAUUGAGAAUCUACAAAAUUGGCAUAAAUUACAAGUUAUUGAUCUUUGUUACAAUCCAAUUGAAUCCGCAGUCGUUUAUAAAGAUUUUCUUGUCUUUCAUUUGAUCGAUCUCAAGUACAUUUCUGGACAAUGUGUAGAAAAAUCAAAUAUCGUAGAGACAAGGAACACAUUUGGAAAUAUAUUGAAUAAAAAUAUGUUGUUAAACAUGAAUGUUGGAAUAAAAUUAGCCAAUCUCAGACAAUUGGAUGUCGUUAAGUGUUCUAUUAAAAAGAUAAAUUUACCUUCCAAUUUGUUGCCUCAUUUGGAGAGCGUAGAUUUAAGUAGAAAUCAAAUAAUCUCUAUGGAAAGUUUAAAUACACUUCCUAAGCUGAAAACCUUACGUUUGAGCUACAAUCGUUUGGAGACAUUCCAAUUGGAUAGAUCGAACAAUUUUGAUGGCUUUCCUAAUUUAUCUACUUUAUAUUUGGAUCAUAAUCGUAUUGCCUCAAUAACGUGGGACGACGAUUGCAACGUAUUUCCGACAUUGAAACAUCUUUUUUUACAUCAUAAUAAACUUUCUAACGUUUACGGUCUACGAGAGAAUUCUACUUUGGAAAUUCUAAUUUUAGAUCACAAUAAAAUCGAAAGUAUAAAGGAAGAUUCUUUCAAUGCAAAUAAUAUAAUUACCUGUUUAUCCAUCGAGAGUAAUCAAAUUGAAAAUUUGAGUUUUGUUAAACGAUUGUCACGUUUAAAACAAUUGUAUAUAGCAGAUAAUCUUAUAGCUAACGAAGACGAAUUAGAAAAGUUAACAUUGUUGGAAAACUUAAAAGAAUUGACUCUCUCAGGUUUUUUUACUGUCGGUAAUUCUGAUGGUUUUUUUACUGUCGGUAAUUCUGAUGGUUUUAUUACUGUCGGUAAUACUGAUGGGAUUUUUAAUGAGCAAUUAAGAGCACUUAUUCAUUUGUUUCUGCGUUAG